GAGGGAGAAAGAAGAAGGAAGAAAGAAAUAAGAAAGGAAAACUCUAAUGGGGCAUCAUUCUUGCUGCAACCAACAGAAGGUGAAGAGGGGACUAUGGUCGCCGGAGGAGGACGAGAAGCUCAUCCGAUAUAUCAGCACCCAUGGCUACGGAUGUUGGAGUGAAGUCCCUGAGAAAGCUGGACUCCAAAGAUGCGGCAAGAGUUGUCGUUUAAGGUGGAUUAAUUAUCUUAGGCCCGACAUUCGACGGGGAAGAUUCACACAAGAGGAGGAGAAACUAAUCAUCAGCCUUCAUGCUAUGGUUGGAAACAGAUGGGCUCAUAUAGCAAGCCACUUGCCCGGGAGAACAGAUAACGAGAUCAAGAACUACUGGAACUCAUGGAUCAAGAAGAAGAUCCGAAAGCCUACAACCCCUUCAUCGACAAGUCCCCCUAGUGCUGAACUCAUUAACCCUAGUUAUAACUCAAACAACCAAUUUGAUGCUUUCACAAGCCAAAACAUGCCGCCAGCAAGUGCUACUUCACAUCAGGAUGCAAUCUUUCCAUAUCAUUGCCCCCUCUUCAUGUUUGAUACUAGCAUUGGUGAUCAUAAUAAUGGAGGUAAUAUCGGGCUGAGCUCCGAGGUUUGGAACCCUAAUAUUCAGCAUCAAGACCAAGCAGUGCAUAAUUCGUUUUUUGCAUAUAAUACUAGUAGUAUGGAUUCGAACUAUUUGCCACCUUUGGUGGAUGGGAUGGCGGGUAUGGUGCAAAUAGGAGAAGAUGGAGAUCCAAUUAAUAGAGAAUGCUUUGAGAAGCAAGAUGUGAGUGGGUGGGUGGAGACUCAAAAUUAUCCUAGCCUUCUCAUAUGGGAGCAAAUUCAAGGGGAGCUAGUUGGUGAUCAUGAUCUUUCAAGCACAACUUCAUCGAAUAUAGAGCGCAUGGCUGCUGGUUCAUUCCCUUCUUCUCAAUGAGCACUCUUAAUCUACUAGAGGUUGACAAGUCUCUCUCUCUCUCUCUCUCUCUCUCUCUCUCUCUCUCUCUCUUCCUUUACCUCUCUCUCAAAUAAGGACUAGUGUGGAUCGAUUAUUUAUUGGUUUGUUGUUGCCCCCCUUUUUUUCUCCUUUUGUUUCCUUCCUUUGAAGCGAGGGUUUGUGCAGUGUCAUAAAGGCAUGAAUCAUGCGUGUG